UCUUCUUCUUCUUCUUCUUCUUCCUCCGGCUCGAAUUCUCUUCUUUAUCUCUCUUGUGAUGGGGAACGGGUACGCGAGGUUGACCCGCUGCUUCUGCUGCGGCGGAUUCCCGCGCCACCGCGGCCGCCACGUCGCCGCGGCUGUCACCUCGGAAUUCUACGAUGAGGGUCUCGGUCACUCCUUCUGCUACGUCCGGCCCGACUCCUGCGGCGGCGGUCUCACGUCCUCCGCCGCCGCCGCCGCCGCCGCAGCUGUAGCUUCCUCGAAGGUCCACCACUCGGAGGAGACGACCACGUUCCGCGCCAUCUCUGGCGCAUCCGUGAGCGCCAAUCCGUCCACGCCGCUCUCCACCGUGCCCCACCUCGUCGACUGCGCCGGCGAGGGCGCGGUCCCCACAUCGGCGGCGUUUGAGAGCUCCACAUCUUUCUCCUCCGUCGCGCUCCAGCCCGUCCCCCGCUUCUCCGGGCCCCUUUCCGGUCCGAUCGCCGCUGGCGCCGAUCGGGGGUUCAUGUCGGGCCCUAUCGAGCGCGGGUUCAUGUCCGGGCCGCUCGACCACCGCGCCGCCCUGUUCUCUGGCCCCCUCGAGAAGCCCCCUUCCCUUACCGGCCAGCUGCUCCGUAGCCUGUCCCAUGGCCUCCCCACGCCCCGUCGUGCCGCCGCUGCCGCCUCACUCCUCCGCGGCCUCACCAAAGCCAUUACCCGCACCAUCUACGCCACCGCCCCGGGGCGCGGAUCCACCAAGGUACCGAAAGUUCCCGACUUGGCCGACUCGAGUUCCAGAAAUCUCAGUAACAGCAGCGGCAGGAACAGCGUGGAGGGUGGGAAGUGGUCGGAUUCGUCUGACUCCCGGAACGGCACUCUUCAAUGGGCGCAAGGGAAAGCAGGGGAGGAUCGAAUCCAUGUCGUCGUCUCGGAGGAGCACGGUUGGGUCUUCGUAGGCAUCUACGACGGCUUCAAUGGCCCUGAUGCCACUGAUUACCUCCUCUCAAAUCUGUACUUCGCCGUGCACCAAGAACUCAAGGGACUUCUCUGGCAUGAUAAAGAAGAUUCCCUUUCCGGGCCUAUCCAUGAUCCGCUUGCCCGUGUGUACAUCGAGGAAUUUGGAUGCUGCGAAGAAGACAAGCAGAGCUCUACUAAAAGGAAGAAGUUGCAGGAGAGAUCAAAUUGCGAGCGGGAGGGUGAAAGAUUGGAUGUUGACUGUGUGUUUAAGGAGCAAUCGAGCCAGUUGUGCUCAUCCGGUGAAGUCAAUCACUCUCAAGUACUGAAGGCUCUCUCUCAAGCUCUGAGGAAGACCGAGGAAAAUUAUUUAGAUAUUGCAGAUAAGAUGAUAUCUGAGAACCCUGAGCUUGCACUGAUGGGAUCGUGUGUUUUAGUGAUGCUGUUGAAGGGGGAUGAUGUGUAUUUAAUGAACGUCGGGGAUAGCCGUGCGAUUUUAGCACAGAAGGCAGAGUCAGAUUCUUGGAGUUCAAUCAGGAAGCCGAAGCUGGAUCUUCACAAAAUCAAUGAAGAGAUUGUGAGUGAUAUUGAAGUUUUCGAUGGAUUAAAAUGCUUCCCAAAUUUAGAGGCCACACAGCUGACUUUGGAUCAUAGCACUUCUGUUGAAGAGGAAGUUUGUAGAAUAAAAAGCGAACACCCUGAUGAUUCGUUGGCCAUUUCAAACAAUCGUGUGAAAGGAUCAUUGAAGGUCACAAGAGCUUUUGGUGCUGGCUUCUUGAAGCAGCCCAAAUGGAACAACGCAUUGCUGGAGAUGUUCAGAAUUGAUUACAUUGGAACCUCUCCGUACCUCACGUGCAAUCCGUUCCUCUACCAUCAUAAGCUUGGUCCCAAGGACAAAUUUUUGAUACUAUCAUCUGAUGGACUCUAUCAGUAUUUCACUAACGAAGAAGCAGUUGCUCAGAUUGAAAUGUUUAUCGAAACAACACCUGAAGGAGAUCCUGCUCAACACCUUGUUGAAGAAGUCAUUUUUCGUGCUGCGAAGAAAGCAGGUAUGGACUUCCACGAAUUGCUCGAAAUUCCACAAGGUGACCGACGACAGUAUCAUGAUGAUGUUUCCAUCAUCGUCAUAUCUUUGGAAGGACAAAUAUGGAGAUCUUGUCUGUAAAUAGAGGUACAGACAACGAAAAAAAGUUAUAGAGGACCACAGAGACGCAAAGAGCUUCUCUGUUUUUUCGAAGUAAGACUUUGUGCCAUUCUGGUUAAGCUUUGGUGGAGACUCUGUAAUCAUGUAUAGGCCAUAUUUUGGGAAUGUAAAGGCGAACAAUCUGAAUCAAGUUGAUUCAACUGGUAAAUGAAAAUUGUCAUAUGCUAUUAGA